AUGUUCAAUGAAUUUAAAUCUUAUUUUGAUGGAAUCACACCAGGGCCAGAGAGGAUCUAUGUGUCUCGUGUUAUUCAUAAGGCAUUUGUGGAAGUUAAUGAAAAAGGCACUGAGGCGUCUGCUGCAAUAGGUGUGGUUAUGAUGUCCCCUACGGGACUGAUGAUGAAUCCCAUCUUCUGUGUUGAUCACCCAUUUUUGUUUAUGAUUUGCCAUAAGAAGUCAAAUGCAAUUUUGAUCAUAGGCCACAUGUUGAAGACACAAUCAAGCACUUAGCUAAGCAAUCCAUGACAAAGCAAAGAAGUCGUAAUAACACAGCCACUUACACUGGAUUUACUGUUAUUUUGUUUUAUUUUAUGCCACUUUUCUGUUGACCCAGACAAUUUUUCCAGGGUUUUUUUUUCUUAAUUUAUUGAGUGGACGGCGCGGAAAGUUGUGUUAUUUUUGACAUUUUAAGCUAAUCAAGAUGAUAACAAAACAAUUUAUUCUAUUUUAUUGUUUUCAAGCUUAGAAGACAGAUCUUAGUAAGAAAGCUUCUUAUACCGACAAUUUCUUUUGAUAUUUAUAGUUCAUGUUCCUGUUUUAAAAUUAUAGUAAGUAUCUGUUCAUGUUAAGAUUCGGAAUGAUUUUCAUUAUUGAUUAAUAUUCUAGUGUGAAGCAAGACUAAGUGAUUUCAGAAGCUGAACCAUUACACAUAUUUGUAAUAUGAUUCCUAGAAAUGAACAGAUUGCGGGAAGCAAUUAAUUGCCGCAAAAACUCAUGAAUUUUAAUUUGCGGUGGUAUCACAGGUAGCUCAAGCUCGAAAUAUGAUAGCCUGCGUAGCAAGCGUUUCUUCGCGAGGUUCGUCUAGAAAACCUUUUUUUUGCUUCCGCUCUUACUUUCGCGCAAUAACUCGAUUGGAAACGCUCGCAACGCAGGCUAGAAAUAUGAGCAUCGGCGAGCAUCGGCAUUGUUGCGUAACAUUCAAAAUAUAAGGAUUUGUAUGGGGAAAAAACCCUAUCGUUUCUGUAACCUACGAAAAUGAAAGGAUUUCAAUAAAAAAACAGCUUACCUUACAUAAAAUGUGUGUUACGUCUCUCCUGUGUGGUCCACGGGCCGAUUUAUGGCUUUAUAUAGACAGAAAACCGUUUAUAAAAAAACCGUAAAACGGCCAUAAAUCGGCCCGUGGACCACACAGGAGAGACGUAACACACAUUUUAAGUAAGGUAAGCUGUUUUCAUUGAAAUCCUUUCAUUUUCGUAGGUUACAGAAAUGAUAGGGUUUUUUCCCAUACCCUAUAUUUUGAAUGUUACGCAACAAUGCCGAUGCUCGCCGAUGCUCAUAUUUCGAGCUUGCGCUACCUGUUUGUAAAUAUGUUUUAAUUCUUUUAAAUAGACGAGGUUUUUCCUUUCAAAUGGACAUCAAAUCAACAAAAUUACUGACAAGUUCAUAUCCCGUCAUUUUCAAGGUUGACAUUCCGUCUUUUAGGAUUUGGGGCGAUUUUCAGCCAUUCUGUCUUUUAGGAUUUAGGGUGAUAUUCCACCAUUCCCCAAUUUACGUUAUAGUGUCGCCCCAUAGGCUCCAUGACGCGUGGCAUUAUGCAAAAGUGGCUUUGAUUGGUCGGCUUUAUCGAGUUUGCUUUUAAAACAUGUGUAGCAUAAUUGUCAGCAAACAUUUGACUUUAGGAAGACGUUUUACAAAAUGGAAGCUGUGAUUGAAGCAAACAAUAAAUUCACCGUAGACCUCCACAAAGCCCUCAAAAAUGAUCAGAACUUCACAAGCAAAAAUCUGUUUUACUCACCGAGUAGUUUGAGUAUUGCUCUGGCUAUGACUUACAUGGGAGCGAAGGGGGAUACAGCUGGACAGAUGGCACAAGCUCUACACUGGAAAGCGAUACCUCAAGAACAGCUACACAGUGAAGAAAAACAGUAUCUUCAUGCUCUUCAAGAAACAAACGAGCAAGGUAACGAAUUGUUGGUGGCAAAUCGACUGUUUGCGCAGAAGGGCUUUAGCUUGGUGCAUGAGUUCGUUGAGGGCACGCAGAAGUAUUACAAAGCCGAAAUAGCCAUGGUAGACUACCAGAAGGAUGCUGAAGGCGCAAGGAAAGAGGUGAACGGUUGGGUUGAAGAGAAGACGAAGCAAAAGAUUAAGAAUUUAAUUCCCGAGGGAGUGUUUAACUCGCGUACGAGACUGACUUUGGUGAAUGCAAUUUACUUCCAGGGUUUUUGGCAAAAUCAGUUUGAAACAGGGAGAACUUUUCCCCAGCAAUUCUUUGUCUCAAAAGAUGAAAAAGUGGAAGUGCAAAUGAUGCACUUAACAGAAAAAUUCAAGCAUAUUAAAGACGGAGGGGGGCUGGCCUGUCAAGUGCUUGAGUUGCCGUACCAAGAGAAGGAUCUUUCCAUGUUAAUUUUUCUACCCCAUGACACCUAUGGGCUGGCCAAGUUAGAAGAGAGCCUCACCCAUGAAAAAUUACAGAAGGCUUUUAAAUUUGUCUCAAAGUCACAACCUGAAAAAGUAGCGGUAUCCCUGCCAAGAUUUAAGCUGACCCAGCAGUUCCUUCUAAACGAGAUUCUAGCCAGAAUGGGAGUCACAGAUAUGUUCAGUGAAUUUAAAGCUGAUUUUUCAGGAAUUACAGCAGGGUCGGAGAGGAUCUAUGUGUCUCAUGUUAUUCAUAAGGCAUUUGUGGAAGUUAAUGAAAAAGGCACUGAGGCUGCUGCUGCAACAGCUGUGGUUAUGAUGUCCCGCAUGGCCAUUCCCAUCUUCAGUGUUGAUCACCCAUUUUUGUUCAUGGUUUGCCAUAAGAAGUCAAAUGCAAUUUUGUUUAUGGGUCGCAUGUUGAAUCCAGCAUCAAGCACUUAG